CCGCCGCAUGCCCGCCCACUUCGCCUGCCGCCCCGACACCCCCGCCUUCAACGCCGUCCUCUCCCUCCUCGCCGACGCCCGCCGCGGCCCCGCCGCCGCCGCCCUCCUCGACGACAUGGCCCCCCUCGGCGCCCGCCCCAACCUCGCCUCCUUCGUCGCCGCCGCCCGCGCCCUCUGCGCCGCCGGCGACCUCCCCGCCGCCCUCGCCCUCCUCCCCCGCUUGCGCGCCCACGGCUGCGCCCCCACCGUCGUCCUCUACACCGCCAUGCUCGACGGCCUCUGCGCCUCCGGCGACCCUGAUGGGGCCGCGAAGCUCCUCGCCCAAAUGGAGCAGCAGGACGAGGGCCUGCCCUCCUCCGUGUGCGCGCCGAACGUCGUGACCUACACCUGUUUGAUCAAAUGCCUCUGUGAAAACAACCGCUUACAAGAAGCACUAGCUCUGUUAGACCGAAUGGGGAAGUGCGGCGUCCUCCCCAACCAAGUCCUCAUCCGCACCCUCCUCAACGGCCUCUGCGCCGGGGGACGCGUCGAUGGCGCGUACGACCUCAUCAAGAAUGUGGUUGGCGCCGGGACCAUUUCCAGCGACAGCUGCUACAGCCUGCUUGUGACCUGUUUGAUAAAAAUCCACAGCCUCGACGAGGCCGAGGGGCUUCUGAGAAAGAUGAUAGAGAAGGGUAUAAAGCCGAGCGGGUUGGCUUUUAAUUCGCUUGUAAGAGAGCUAUGCAGGAAGGGGAGGAUAUUGGAUGGGUAUAGUUGGGUAGAAGUGGUGGAGGAGAAUGGAUCGGCGGAUUCAGAUGUGUAUUCUAUGCUGCUGAAGAGGUUGUGUGAAGAGGGCUACGUGAAUGAAGGUACGAUGUUGGGAAGAAAAAUUGUUGAGAGGAAUAUUCACGUCGAAGCUGAUUGUGUUGAGCAUGCUGUCGAGGUGUUGAGGAAGGUUGGAGAGGAGGAAUUGGCUUCAAAUAUUCUGGAGUUAACAGAGCUUCAGGUGGUUCAGUUUUGAUUUUGUUGGAGGAGAUUUGAGAUCUAAUUAACUUGCUGCUGCAGGUUCCCAUUUUAUGAAGGAUGGAGAGCCUUUUAUCUUGACUGUUGGGAAGCGAACAAAUAUAUACGGAAUGAUCUCUUUCUAAUUAUGUUCCUGCUCAUCAGCUUGUUAGUUGUUUGCAGUUCGGUGUUCGUAAUUAUAAAUUUUUGCUUCAUCUGCUUGUUCAUUUUGUCUUAAUAUUGCAUUUGCUCUAUAAUUUUCCAUGCAGUUCCCUUUUUUUUUUUGUUUUUUGUUUUUAACUGUUCUUCAUCUUCAACUUUUCCGCCUUUCUUCUUCUCUUUGUAUUGUAUUAUACGCUGAGGCCUCACUAAUGAGUACAGGCAAGAUGUUUGCAAAAAUGUCUGAAUGCUUGCCGUACAUGUUGCCGCUGUUGUUUUUCUUCCCAGAUGAAUAUCAGCAAUUGCAAUCUCUUGCGUCAAACUCCCUCCCUCCGCUUCUGUAUUAGGCAAUGAUGAUUCAAGAGACUAUUGUUUGGGAGGACUGAUGUUGGUUAUUAGCUUACUAGGAAAUAUCUGAUUAUGGCCUUUUUAUUAUAUUUUAUCUAUUUAGAGAUCCGUAUGCAGAGCUUCAAAUGGCACAGCAGCAUGGAUUACCUCAAUGGCAACUACUGCAAUCUUUGAUUCUUCAGUCUAAUUUAAUUUUGAUGAGAAGAGAAAAGAGGAAUGCGUCUCUUUGCUUCAUCAAUUAAUAACAAAUCUGUUUGAGCCUUUUAUCACCUUAUUCUUAUCUCCUUAUCUUUAUCAAUUAAUAUCAGCAAUUGAUGUGCUGUAACUUUUUUAAGAAUUAUUUUGUUGCCGUCUAUACUUUUAGUCAAAAUUCUUUGCCCUUCGACCACAUUAGAAAUUUGCUUUAUGCAAAUUAAGGUAAAGGUCUUCCACAAAUUUUCAUUUUCUCCUACAAUUUUAGUUGUCUGGUUUUUGGAUGCCAACAUAUUUAGUUUUCUUAGUUAAAUCGAGGAUGGAAUUUUGGGCAAAGAAACACCAUAAUAUGAUUGUUCUUUGAAAUUUAACGUGACAAGGUACGCAUAGUUCAUAUCAUUUAUGAUAUUUAUGCUUUGUUUUUUAAUAAUGCAGAGUUCAUGUUUGAUUUGAUUGCUUGGGCUUUUUGAUGCAGGUACCAUCACUUCUAAAGUUGAUUGGGUGUCAAAAGACUACCGUCGGUAGCUUACAAGAUAAGAAAUUACUGUUUGCCUGGCUGAGGUAACGUCUUAUCAUUUUCUUGAUGAUAAUUCUUAAUAAUUAACUUCUAACUCGGCAGCUAAGGUUCUUGCCUUUCUGACAACUAGCUGUCUGUAGAAAUUUUUUGAUUCAUCAGUCGGACUAUAGGCAAGGUGGUGGAAAUAAUUAAUUUCUUUUUGCUCUGAUUUUUUACUUCUUUCCCCCCUAAUGCUUUGAUGUUUUUUCCUUGCUGUUUAUUGUUGUGGUGUUUUUUUGUUUUUUUGUUUUUUUUUCCUUUUUUUUGCUGGAGUCCCAAACUGGGACUGGCAGGAAUGGAAAUGGUAGAAACCUAAACGGAGUGGAUUCGCAUUGAUUGGCAAAGUGGCACUCCGAAAGCAUUGCAUUUAAUGGAUAAAGAGACAAUAGGUUCUAAAUGUUCUAAAGGCUCUAUUAUAGGUUCUAAAGUUUGCCGGUUCAUCAGAUUCAUUGGUUUAUAAAUAACUCUCUCGGUAUUGUGGAGGCUGUGAUGUUGGGGCUUCUUUAUAGUGAAGGUUGGAAUAUCUAAAAAAUGAUGAUUAGUCUAAGGCACCUUGACUACCUGGGCCUUUUUCUUUUUGCUUAAUCUUUCCCUCUGAUAAAUUGCCUCUUUGCUAGAAUUUUUCAAAAACGAUAAUUGCUCUACUAAGGCAUGGCGUGUUGGCCAUUUUUCUGGUAAUCCUCGCAGCCUGUGUACUUCGGAAAUUGUUAGUAGCUUUCUUUUUCACGCUGUAGAAUAUUGGAUAUUUUUUCUAUUGAAUUGGGUAAAUAAUUAUGUAGUUUUGAGAA